GAGAGACUUCAAAGAAAAAAACGACAAGCUAUAGACUCGAUACAAAGAUGUGAAAUGACAUUUAAAUCAUCUCUUUACUGAUCAGGAAACAUUAUUUUGCUCAAAAAGUUUGAGAAAUGUCUGAAAUCACACUUUUGAAAAAUUUGCCAAGAGUGCUUUGACUUCGCUGCUUUUGACAGUUGUCACCGCGCGAGAUUGUCACAGUCGGUGUUGUUGUUGUUGUUAUCUCUCAGAAAAUCAAACGAAACUAGUGAUUAGUCGUGCUGGUUGGUUCAAAAGAAAUGGGACACAUGUUUUGUGAAAUGUUUGUGAAAUUUGAAAGUUCGGGCGCGCGUGGGCUGUGAUUUGGCGCGGUGGUUAUGGAGAUAACUCGGGGAAAAACCGGCUCAAAAGACUGUUUUACACACAUUUUUCAAUUUGAGAAAGGGCUUUUCUAUUUCGGUGUUGUCGCGGUCCAAUGCCGGCACGAAAAGGGCUCCUAGCUCCUCAAAACACCUUUUUGGACACUAUUGCAACACGUUUUGAUGGAACACACAGCAACUUUGUCUUGGGAAAUGCUCAAGUUCCAUCGUUAUAUCCAAUUGUAUACUGCUCGGAUGGUUUCUGCGAACUCACGGGUUACGCUCGAGCUCAAAUCAUGCAAAAGGGAUGUGCGUGCAAAUUUUUGUACGGCCCGGAAACUAAAGACGAACACAAAGCUCAAAUAGACAAGGCCCUUGAAUCAAAAAUCGAGCUUAAAUUAGAAGUCAUAUUUUACAAAAAAAAUAGCACACCAUUUUGGUGCUUAUUGGAUAUCGUACCUAUAAAAAAUGAAAAAAGAGAAGUGGUCCUUUUUCUGGCAUCACACAAAGACAUAACGAACACAAAAAUGGCUGAAAUGUCAGAGUCCGAAUUAUACGACAGUGCAGCCGUUCUUGGAGCUCGCUUCCGAAGUGCUGACCCUUGCCUCCUUGCAGACGCCAAUGGUAACCUCGAUCCAGAGGUUCCUCCAACAAAUUAUAGACGAAGACGUUCAAGAGCCGUCUUGUAUCAGCUUUCAGGACAUUACAAACCUGAGAAGACAAAAAGUAAAUUAAAACUGAAUAAUAAUUUGUUGAGUUCCACUCCAGCACCUUUGCCAGAGUAUAAGACUUCAGCAAUAAAAAAAAGUAGAUUUAUUAUAUCGCAUUAUGGUAUGUUCAAAAAUGGAUGGGAUUGGCUUAUAUUAAUGGCCACAUUUUAUGUUGCUGUUGUUGUCCCUUACAAUGCUAGUUUUCUCAAUUCUGAAAGGCCGUCAGUCAUCAUGGACGUCAUAGUUGAAGCACUCUUUUUUAUAGAUAUAUUAUUAAAUUUUCGAACAACUUAUGUCAAUAGAAAAGGAGAAGUUGUAUCCAACUGGAAAGCAAUAUCUCUGAACUACUUGAGGACCUGGUUUAUCGUCGAUAUGCUUGCUGCACUGCCAUUCGAUUUACUAUAUGCACUGUAUGGUGAAGAGAAAUCGAGCCCCUUUCGACCUCAUCUUAUCAAGUUAACGCGGCUUCUUCGCUUGGCCAGACUUCUUCAAAAAAUGGAUCGCUAUUCGCAAUAUAGUGCAAUGAUUUUAACUUUACUUAUGCUUUCAUUUACUUUAGUGGCACAUUGGUUAGCUUGCAUAUGGUAUGUGAUCGCUGAAAAAGAGAUAGAAAGCGAAUUAGGUUGGAUUCACACGUUAGCGGAAAGAUUAAAACUUCCCGACGUAGCCAACGUCUCUAAAACGGAUGCGUACGUUACAGCUCUCUACUUUACUUGCACGAGUUUAACUAGUGUUGGUUUUGGUAAUGUGAGCGCAAAUACUACAAGCGAAAAAAUUUUUAGCAUAUGUGUAAUGUUAAUUGGUGCUCUUAUGCAUGCUGUCGUUUUUGGAAAUGUCACCGCUAUUAUACAAAGGAUGUACUCUAGACGGUCUCUCUACCAAACCAAGUGGAGGGAUCUGAAGGAUUUCUUUACGUUGCAUUCAAUACCAAAAGAACUGAAGCAACGAAUGCAAGACUAUUUUCAGACUACUUGGUCCCUUAAUCAUGGUAUAGAUAUCCACGAGACUUUAAAAGAAUUUCCUGAAGAGUUACGGGGCGACGUAUCCCUGCAUCUUCAUAGAGAAAUUUUACAGUUGCCAAUAUUUGAAGAAGCUUCUCAAGGAUGUCUUAAACUUCUUUCGUUACACAUUAGGAACAAUUUCUGUGCACCGGGCGAGUACUUAAUUCACAAGGGAGACGCUUUAAACUAUAUUUAUUAUAUUUGCAACGGAUCUAUGGAAGUUGUUCAAGAUGAUAUGGUGGUUGCUAUUCUUGGCAAAGGUGAUCUUGUCGGAAGUGAUAUCAAUCUUCAUCUGCAGCAUCCCUCCAGCGGUCCACCUCCAGACAUUUCUCGAAUUGGUACUCCAGCUGAUAUUAUCAUUAAAUCAAGUAGUGAUGUGCGUGCACUUACUUACUGCGAUUUAAAAUGCGUUCAUAUGCAAGGAUUAGUAGAUGUACUUAGAUUGUAUCCGGAAUAUCAGAAGCAAUUUGCCAACGACAUUCAGCAUGAUUUAACAUUUAAUGUCAGAGAAGGAUACGAAGUCGAGCAAGAAUCGGAUGCUAAUGGACUUCCAUCACUAACGCUGCCCAGUAUAAGUGAAGAUGACGAAAUCUUGCACGAGGAAAGAGAAACGUCGUCUUUAUCUCUCAACAGAUCUCCCUUACAUGCCGUUAAAAAUAUUCCUCCACAAACCAAAUACAGUAUGGCGUUACCAGAGUUUCAGGAAAAUAUCGUGCCAAGAAAUCGUUCUCGUUUAGGCGGCAUAGCAACAAAUCACUUGGCAAUGUUACGAGAACGCGUUGAACGUCAAAGAAGUGUUGUGUUGCCACCGCAAACCAAAACAAAUUCCCUUGAAGAUGUCAAUUGUUUAUUGAAUAGUAGUGUUGAAAAUGCCAGAAAUAGUGUCGAUAGUUUAGAUAAUCAAAUUGCAACUCUUUACCAAAACGUAACAACUCUUAGUACGGAGGUUCGAAAUGCAAUUCAGACGCUUCAGGAAAUGACAAUAUCGUCGUUAUACGGUGGUUCUGUUAAUUAUUCUGCUCAUUCGAAUCCCAAUCUGCAUCAUACUGGCUCUGGAAUAGGAAGUUUAGCUAGAAGCACUUCACAUCCACCAGAAAUAUUCUACUGGGAAGACUCUUCAUCUCCGCCUUUGACGUUUCGACCCUUCUCUGUGUUUAUUGAUAAAGAAACACAAACAGAUGAUGAACUUUUACAGAUAUUUGUAAAACAGAAUGAAUUAAAAUUUCUUAAAAUGUUAGGACUAGAUCAUCAAAUAUAUUUAGGAAAAACUUCGAUCCGGAAAAGCUAUAGUGUUCCAGACGAUAAACAACUAAAUAUUCAAAACAGUUGUUGUCCGUUAAGAGCAGUUACAGUUACCGAUGAUAAUGAUGAAGAAAAGGAUGAAACGUGUCCUUUUCUCUGGAAUCAAAAUUCAAACCAAUCCCAACUUUCUGGAAAUUUUCAACUUAAACACUCAUGUCAUUCUAAUAUUUAAGACGAUUUUUUGGCAACGGCAAUUCUUAUUUCAGAAAAGUUACCAACAAACAAACGACGAGUUACUAACUUGUCAUUGAGUUAUUUUAAUAUUUUGGACAAAAAUCCUCAAAUAUGUCAAUCUUUAUUUUUUAACAAAAGUCCGUUAAGAUAUUUGUUUUACAUGUGACGUCAUCUUGGGGCGAGUGAUGACGUUACUUAUGACUUUAUCAAGUGCAUAUGGGGAUCAUGUAAUAUCUAUUUUGGUAUCUUUUGUAUUCUCUUUUCAACCGUAGGUACCUGUAAGUUUAGGAUAUUGACUUUUGUAGUGUCUGCUGAAAAAAAUCCACUGAAUCUUAAAAACCAAUUAUAAUAAUCACACAGAAAUCUGAGUUUGUUAUGAAAAAUUAUUCAACACUUUAUCCAAGUUUAUUUGAUUUAUUUGUUUUUUUUUUAGUAGUAUGCUAUUCUUUUUUGUGUUUAUUAGAAUGUCGUUUCAGCUUUUUAUAUGUCCCUAAAAUUUUUUAAUUCGGUUUAGGAAUUACUGUUAACAAUCCUAACCCUGUUUAUUUUUAUAUCAUUCGAUACGGUAAUAAAAAAGCAACAUUUUUUGUUAUUACAACCCUUUCGAACACAUUUGGAGUUAUUUGUCAAAAACAUUAACUAAGUCAUUGACAGAAUGAGAUUUUAGUAAACAACACCAAAUGUGUUAAAAUCUACGUUACAGUGUGGGCUGAUAUUCCAUUGAAAACUAUUUUUUUAUGAUUGAAAAUAUAAUAUUAUCGCAUUAGUUUAUUGAAAAUUGUAGCUAUCAGAAAGAUAGUGAAGUGUACUAUCAAAGAUAUCAAGAACAAAUAUCGGUUGCCACGCCACAGAUGUUGCUGUUUAAAAAAAAAUUCAAAAAUUCAAAACCCGUUUUACAGAUAGUUAAGAAAUUUAUUUAAGCACCAUUUACUUUGCAAAUGUCAUAUUGUACAUAUGUUGUCAGUUGCCGGACGAAACGUUCUUUUGCUGUAAUAUUAGCUUUUGAACAGUUAUUGUUUAAUUAUAAUAAGUAAACUAGUUUAUCUUGAAACUCGCUCAAUGUAUAUUCUUAUUGUUGUGAUUUUGCAGGGGAUUACAAAAUAAAUCGUCUUUUACUAAUAA